CGCCAGAGGAGCCGCAGUCUCGGGAGCGCCCAGGCAGUGUUUCGAUAAUCUCUGACUCGCCUCUCCUGCGAACCCGGCGUCAUUGGACUGCACCCCGGGCGGGGACGUCCGCCGAGCACGGGAGGAAGCAACGAUGCCGAUCAGUAAAUCAGAGAAGCCGGAAAGCUGUGAUACUGUGAAGGUGGUGGUUAGGUGCCGGCCCCUCAAUGACAGAGAGAAAUCAAUGUGCUACAGACAGGCUGUCGGUGUGGAUGAGAUGAGGGGAACUAUCACUGUACAUAAGACUGAUUCUUCCAAUGAACCUCCAAAGACGUUUACUUUUGAUACUGUUUUUGGACCAGAGAGUAAACAACUAGAUGUUUAUAACUUAACUGCCAGACCUAUUAUUGAUUCUGUUCUUGAAGGCUACAAUGGGACUAUUUUUGCAUAUGGACAAACUGGAACAGGUAAAACUUUUACCAUGGAAGGUGUUCGAGCUGUUCCUGAACUUAGAGGAAUCAUUCCAAAUUCAUUUGCUCACAUAUUUGGUCAUAUUGCAAAAGCAGAGGGUGAUACAAGAUUUUUGGUUCGAGUGUCUUAUUUGGAAAUAUAUAAUGAAGAAGUUCGUGACCUUUUGGGCAAGGAUCAGACGCAGAGGUUAGAGGUUAAAGAAAGACCUGAUGUGGGAGUUUAUAUCAAGGAUUUAUCAGCUUAUGUGGUAAAUAAUGCUGAUGAUAUGGAUAGAAUUAUGACACUGGGCCACAAAAAUCGUUCUGUUGGUGCAACUAAUAUGAAUGAACAUAGUUCCCGUUCCCAUGCCAUCUUUACAAUUACUAUAGAAUGCAGUGAAAAAGGCGUUGAUGGUAACAUGCAUGUCAGGAUGGGGAAGCUCCAUCUUGUAGAUCUUGCUGGUUCAGAAAGACAAGGAAAAACUGGAGCUACUGGGCAGCGCCUGAAAGAAGCUACAAAAAUCAAUCUUUCACUUUCUACUCUUGGUAAUGUUAUUUCUGCCUUGGUUGAUGGAAAAAGCACUCAUGUGCCUUAUCGUAACUCUAAAUUGACUCGUCUUCUUCAGGAUUCCUUAGGAGGAAAUUCAAAAACCAUGAUGUGUGCAAAUAUUGGACCAGCAGAUUACAAUUACGAUGAAACCAUCAGUACAUUGCGGUAUGCUAAUCGUGCUAAGAAUAUUAAAAAUAAAGCUAGAAUUAAUGAAGAUCCAAAGGAUGCUUUGCUUCGUCAGUUUCAGAAAGAAAUAGAAGAACUGAAGAAAAAGCUUGAAGAAGGGGAAGAAAUAUCAGGCUCUGAUAUCAGUGGGUCAGAGGAGGAUGAUGAUGAAGAGGGUGAGGUUGGAGAAGAUGGAGAGAAAAGGAAAAGAAGAAGGGGCAGUAGCAGCAGCAGUAGUUCAGACUCCACAUGUUCUGUCAUAGAGAAACCUCUGGAUAAGUUCUUGCCUAAUCAAGCAGGUAAAAAGAAAGUUUCCCCAGAUAAAAUGGUUGAAAUGCAAGCAAAAAUUGAUGAGGAGAGAAAAGCACUUGAAACAAAGCUUGACAUGGAAGAAGAAGAAAGAAACAAGGCUAGAGCUGAGUUAGAGAAACGGGAAAAAGAUCUUCUUAAGGCUCAACAAGAGCAUCAGUCUUUGCUAGAGAAACUAUCUGCACUGGAGAAGAAGGUAAUUGUUGGUGGUGUUGAUUUGUUGGCAAAAGCUGAGGAACAAGAGAAACUUCUUGAAGAAUCCAACAUGGAACUGGAAGAAAGGAGGAAAAGAGCAGAGCAACUUCGCAGAGAACUUGAGGAAAAAGAGCAAGAACGCUUGGAUAUUGAAGAAAAGUAUACCAGUUUGCAAGAAGAAGCGCAAGGAAAGACCAAGAAAUUAAAGAAAGUUUGGACUAUGCUGAUGGCUGCGAAGUCAGAGAUGGCCGAUCUCCAACAGGAACAUCAGAGGGAAAUUGAAGGCCUCUUGGAGAACAUUCGACAACUUAGCCGGGAGCUUCGACUUCAGAUGCUUAUUAUUGAUAACUUUAUACCUCAGGAUUAUCAGGAAAUGAUUGAAAACUAUGUCCAUUGGAAUGAAGACAUAGGGGAAUGGCAACUAAAAUGUGUUGCCUACACAGGAAAUAACAUGAGAAAGCAGACUCCAGUUCCUGAUAAAAAGGAGAAAGACCCCUUUGAAGUGGACCUUUCCCAUGUAUAUCUUGCCUAUACCGAGGAGAGCCUACGGCAGUCCUUGAUGAAAUUAGAGAGGCCACGUACUUCAAAGGGGAAAGCAAGGCCAAAGACAGGGAGAAGAAAGCGUUCUGCAAAGCCUGAAACUGUAAUUGACUCUUUACUUCAGUAAAUGUUACAGACUUAAAGUCAAAAUAAAAAUUAGUGAUAUCCUCAUGCCUGGACAAAACCUUUAAUUAAAACACUGAAGACUUUUGUGUUAUUUCAAAUAAUGGAAGCUGUAGAUCAUGCAUUAAGACUGGAACUAAUAAUUUGCCUAAUAACUUUUAGUCUAUAUAUAUUAAGUUAAUAUAACAUUAAAAUUGUACAACUGGUAAUUGUUCAAAUUGUCAUAUUAGUUUUCAACUUAUACUGUGCAGGGAAGUUGAGAGAGCAGCUUAUACUAUAGAGAGUUGCAGUUUAAAUGUAUACAUAAAUCUGCUAGUGAUUUACUCAACUACUGUAUAUUUAGAUAACCGGAUAUUCAAAAUAGAAAAAAAAAAUAUAAGUCCUGUUUUGCACAUAGAAAGUUGCAGGUCUAAUUGUCCUAUGUUUUCCUGUUAUAUAUGAAUGUAUGGGCUGCAAAUCUAAGAAAUGAUUCUAUCCUAACACCCACCUGGCCUUUUAAAUUAUGUUCUAAUUUUUAUACUAACAUUCAUUGCAUUUAAAAUAUGAGAUGGGUGAUCUUAUUGAUCUAUAGAAAAUUUUAUAAUUCGAUAGUCAAUCUUUAGAAGUAUACAUGUUUAAAAAACAAAAGUUGAAGAUAUGUUUCAUCUGGACCUCUCUUGAUUUUUUUUUGCCACUUUGACUUCAAGUCAAAUUUUUUGUUUGUUUGUUUUGGUUUCAUGUUUCUUAAAACAUUGAAUCUGUACCUACAUAUAAAGGAGUCACAGCUGCAGAAAAUUAAGAAGCUAAAUACUGGUCACUAAUAUUUGCCUCUAUGGGUAUUAUUUUUUUAAAUUCACUUUGAAACAUGAUUAACUGAUGCUUUCCUGUGUCUGAGUUCUAAAUUUUGAUGAAAAUUGCUCUGUUUCUCCCAACUGAGAAAGGUCUCCGUUUUCUAGAAAAUACAGACAAAGCAAGAAAAAUAUCUUUUAAUUCUUUGCCUUUAAAACACUUUGUUUUGUCUUUCUUCUUAUUUUAUAAAGAAAAUAUUCUUCCCUGAAUUUCUUCCAUUGACAAAUCCAGUUAGACCGUACCUCUAAAAUAAAAAUUAUUUUUAUUUAAUAGUAAAAAAAAAAAAAAAAAAAGUCAUAGAAUUGUUUAUAUAUAUCUUUUAUGAGUUUUAAAAUUAUGUAAUCAGCCCUGAAACACAUUGGCUACAAGUUUUAAGACUUCAUAAAUGAGUAUUUAUUAAGUUAACAUUAUUUUAGUAAGUUUGGUUAAAUUUUGGUUUAUAAUUACAAAGAUGUAUAUAGAAUGGGAGUGAGUGAAUGUAGCGUUAUUUGUGAGGUGGUGGUAAAAAUGUGUCCAUAAAUUUAAAGUACAUUCCAAAGGUGAUGUACUAAAUAUCCUGUGUAUGGUGAAUAUUUUCUAGGUAAUAAGAAUUGCAGUUAACUGGCAGCAUUUUCUUUGUAACGUGUAAGAUAGUUAGACAUUUAUAACUUUGUGGGGCAUUGUUUAGGUACCAUGAAGACUUGAGGUGAAUUUAUGUCUUGUAAAAGCUUUGUGUAAGCAGAAUAUCUUGGCAAUUGUAGAUGCAUAUUUAACUCUGUUAAUAAUAACUCUAGAGAAAUCUUAAUUUUACCAGUAGGAAAAAAAUAUGACUACUUCUUCUUUUUAAAAAUGCACGUGUCUACCCUUUAACCAUCCAGUCAAUAGAAAAGGAAUAACUUUAGAAUUAAGCUUUAAAACAUUAUAGAAAAUUUAAGCCAGUAUGUUAGGGUUUUUUUCUUUUCCACACCACAGCAGUAACAAAACGAAAUCUAUAAAAAGUCAAAACAUUGAGGGAUUUUAAAAACAGGCUACUUCAGCAGUUUUUUUUUAUUAAAGCAUUUACAUUAGAACUGAUUAUACCAGAUGGGCAUUAAAUAUUCAUCUUAUUUAAUACCAAGAUUAGAUAUUGGAGCCAGGCCUGAGUAUCCAUGUGAAAACAUGGGAACCUGACUUUAGAGCUCUUCACUUAGCUCUAAUCAUAGUAUUUCUAUGGUUUCUUCACAGUUACUUUGUGUCGUUGUCCACAAAUGAAAUAUUUUGUAACUUCGGUGUUCAUUUCAUGAAAGUCUAUAGAUGAACAAACUUGCUCAUUAUUUGAUAUAAGAAGCAGAUUUAAAAUGAGUGUCACAUAUAAGUAGGUUAUUGAAUGGCUAUUUUUCUCUUUAAUUUAAAAAAGUAAUAUUUAUUAAAAGGAGCCUUGGUAGAAUGUUGUUUGUGGUAUGUUCUUUAGUAAACCUUGCAAUUACAUGUAGUAAUAAGGAUAUUAAAAUAUAAUAGUAUUCCCCAUUUUUGUCUAGAUUCUUGUGAAGUAUAAGAGUAAUCAAGGUGGGGGUUCUACAUCUAUGUGUUCGUCCCACAAGUAGAAUCCAUUUGACAUGCUGUGGCAUCUACUUUCUGGGAAAAGGGGACUUUUUUUUGCUGCAAGAAAUUUAAGGUUACUUUGGGGGAGAGGGUGGUGCUACUUCAACUGUAACAUGUUUUUAAAAUUAUGAUUAUAGGUUUAGGUUGUUUUGUUUUGUUUCUUUCUAGUCUUUUAAAAAUAUUUUUUCCCUUAACUCUUAUCUUAAGGAAAGUCCCUCCCUUCCCUACAGGGCUGUGAAUUAAAGAACGGGUAGAGUUUACAUUUAAGUAUGCCAGUGUCUGCCCAGUUUCUUAAUGUAUGCAUUUGUUUUCCUUUUUAGUUAUUCUUUGAUCUAAAAUGCUAGAAGAAAACAUAGAUCUUCCUAGUGCCUUUGAACUUAUACUGUAGUCUAAUUUAAAUCAUUAAUAACUUCAAUAACAUUACUACAAUACUGUAUACUGGCCAAAAUUACAAAUCAUAUGAUGAGUUUGUCGUAUUAAUUUCAAAAGCCAACUUUCAUUGUAUUUUAUGUAUAUAUUGUAUUUGUUCAAGUUGUAUAUAUUGAUAUUGUAUGUAUACAUACAGCAUGGUUAAAUAAGAAAUAAAAAUCUUUACCUAG